AUGACUUUUUCACUGUCAACCCAACAAGGCCUUCUCACUCGAACAGGAAAUCGCUUGUCCACUAUUCUGAAGAAAGAAGCAAACCUCUUCAACAUGCAAUUCGAUCCCUCAAUGAUGGACGACUCCGAUAUCAGAACCCUUCGACGGCGUAUUCGCAGAGCCAAGGUUAUUCUUGAAACUGAAGCAAACAAACUCGAAAUUGCUCUAGAGAACUAUGGAAGCGCUGCGGACAACUUGGACAAAGAAACACCAUCCAUAUCGGAAAUCAUAUCAAGAGUGGAGGCGAAUAUGGACACAGCUCAAGGACUCUUGGAUCAGACCCAAAAGGCUGUGACAGACCUGACAAGGCUCCAACAAGAUCUCGAAGAAUCACGAAAUUACGAUACUACCAUAUCGCUAGAUGUCCACGAAAUGAAACUUACACCAAUUCCUAUUCCUAAAUUCAAUGGGCGGAUCUGGGAAUGGGAAACCUUUUGGAGAUCGUUUGAACACACGGUACACUCAAGGAACAUCGACAAUUUGUUCAAAUCGAACUAUCUUCUUGAUGCCUUACAAGGAGAUGCGAGUUAG